AUGACAUCAACCCUGGCGACACGGCAAGGCCUUUUGACGCGCUCAGGAAACCGUCUGUCGGCAAUCAUACAGGAAGAGUCCGAAACCAUCAAUGCCCAAAACUGCAAUUGUCACCGAAGCAAAGAAGAAGAGAAGUUCAGCGAAGCAGUGGACAGAUUGGACAACAAGACGCAGUCACUCCCAGAGAUUAUUGAAAGGAUUGAAACAAAUACUACAGCAGCACAAACUCUUCUGGACCACGCGAAGAGAGCGCUGACAAGGCUAAUCCGACUUCAAGAGGAGCUUGAAUUCGACCAGGAACAACGCUCGCUUAACAGGUGUGAAGUUCCGGAAAUGAAACUCGCACCAAUCCCAAUUCCAAAAUUCAGCGGAAAACUCUGGGAAUGGGAGACCUUCUGGAAAUCUUUCGACCACACUGUGAAUUCCAGAAACAGUGACAACCUCUUCAAGUUCAACUACCUUCUUGACGCCCUCGAAGGAGGCGCAGAAGAAUCUGUGAAGCAUUUCGAGGUCUCGGGAAGCACCUACCAAUUGGUGAUUGAGCAGCUGAAGGAGAAAUAUGGCGACAAACAGGCCUUGAUUGAUCAAUUUUUGAAGAAUCUCCACGGAGCACGCGCAAGAACCGACAGUCUGAAAGACCAGGAACCACUUUGCGAGCAACUUCACUCUAUAACUUCGCAACUGACACUCAAAGGGGAACACGUCGACAAUGUUUUCCUGCAAAUGGGGCUGCUUGCGAAGUUCUCGGUGGACGUUCAGGGGCAUAUCUUGCGGCAGAGAACGCAGUUGAAGAACGAGGGAAAUUGGAGUACGGCAGCUUUGCUCUCAGCAGCAAAGCAGCAUAUCAAGACCGAGCUUAAGAUCAACCGCCAAGUUGAACAUAGCCUAGAAAGUGGAAAAAUGGAGAAAACAAAUGCUGGAAAGAAGGAAUAUUUCAGCAAAACAGAAGUAGUCCCACGUGUAGCACUUUGUUUCUACUGCCAUAAAAAAUCUGCAUACAAGCCGGACACCACACGUCCAUUUGCAAAGAACUCUUCAGCUCUCAGAAAGCCCGCAAAGCCUCCACUCCAAGAAGUACCACAGAAGCAGGGAACGAAGCCUCAACUACCCAAGGCCAAGACUUCGAAAAUAAAUACGGUCACUUCGAAUGACGGUAGCAAAGGGAAAAGGAAAGCUUCAGACGCAGUUUUUCGCGUCAGCAACACAACGAAGGUUCUCAUUCUGGCGGGACAAGCCAGAGUACUUAAUCCGACAACAAAAGCGUUAGAACCAGUCUACGUGAUUCUCGAUACAGGAGCCGACCGAUCGUUCAUCAGUAGCAGUUUGGCUGAGCGCCUCCAGCUGAAAGACUUAGAUUCCAGUCGUCUAAGCAUCGGAACCUUCGGCGCUCAGAAGCCUUUCGAAAGGACUUGCGGCAUCACGGUUCUCCACAUGUGGGAUGCUGAGAGAGUUCCACAUACGUUCACAGUUACAAAAAUCGAUACCACUACAAAACCUUUAACAAGAAGCAGACUGAGUCAAGAGGACAAGCAGUUCCUGUUCGAAAACGAUAUUCAUCUCUCCAUCAACCAUACUGUCGAGAAGAUCCAGCCAGAUAUCCUUCUUGGUUGCGCCGAUCUUUUCUCACUCCUCAAGGAUGGACUAGGAGCUCAAACAACAUUCCCAUUGAAAGCAAUCCCUUCGAGACUGGGAUAUCUCAUAUCUGGACGAAGCGGCGAAGAGUUAGUCAACUCGGAGAGUUCGACUUGGGAACAGUUCUGUCAAUUUGAGAAGUCCGGAGUUAAGGAAUUUUCGGGUCCAAUAACGGAGGAACUGAAGCAGACAAACGCAGAAGCCUGGAAGGCUUUUGAAGAAACUAUCGAAAAGAAAGAAGAUGGAUACUAUGUGCGCCUUCCAUGGAAGAAGGAAGCAAGCGGAAUUCCGGACAAUAAAUCGAUUGCAUAUCGUCGUCUGCAAGCAAAUCUUUUUAAGUUUAGGAACGAUCCCAAUCUACUGCAGCAGUACGACGACACGAUCAAGAGUCAACUCGAGCUGGGUAUCAUCGAAGAAAUUGCUGAGGAUUUAAUAGUCGAGGAAGGAGAAGUUGUGCAUUACCUAGCACAUUAA